AUGAAAAUUGAGCUUCCUCUGCAGAUUAGAAAUUCCGUGUCAAGAAGACUCAAUUUUGUUGGUUCCUGCAAUGCGUUGCAAUGUUUUUCCGGACCUGAAAAUAGUUAUCUCUGGAAUCCUGCUGUCAAUAGGAGUAUAGUAAUCCCCAACUCAGGUGUUAGCUCCUCCGAGCAUUCAGUUUUUGGCUUUGGCUCUGUUCCUCGGAUUGAUGACUACAAGUUGGUGAGGGCAUGGUGCAAUUUGAAAGAAUUAGCUGGUCAGGACAAUGGUGCCAGAGUUCCUAUGCUUCAAGUCGAGAUGUAUAGUUUGAAUGGAGCUCUGGAGGCAACUCCAACUAUGAUGGAUGAAAAUAUGGGCAAGGAUAACUACAUCCUAGCAUUCAACAUGGAUACUGAAACAUGUAGGGAGAUUACGCCCCCAAAGUUUUGUGACAAGUGCGAUAAUGGUUUAUGGCACAGUUUUCUAGGGGUGUUUAAGGAAUCCCUCUCUUUGUUCUCGUCUUGUCACAAGAGGCCGCCCUAUGAUUGCUUUAGAUGGGAAAUUUGGGUCAUGAAUGAAAGGAGUAUGGUGUUGUGA